CGGAUGGUCACGAUUGUCCUUUACAUUUCUCAAUCGUUUGGUACUGUUCCAGGCGACCGAUGGCUGGUCUCCUGCCUGGGAGUGCUCUACCUAAACAAAGGGCUGUUCUACCGCGUGGUACCCGCUGACCAGUCAUUCUCCGAUGACCAGUAUGCAGGGGUGUUCCGGUUCCGGUUAUGGUGGUGCGGAGAGUGGACGGAAGUACUCGUGGAUGACCGGCUGCCGGCCGUCCAUGGGAGACUGGCUUUCUUACAACCUCAUCGUGGUGACCACUUCUGGCCCGGCCUGUUGGAGAAGGCUUACGCUAAGCUACAUGGAUCUUAUGAAGCCCUGAAGUAUGGCUCGAUGUUGGACGGCUUGGCGGAUUUGACUGGAGGCAUAACUGAAAGCAUCGCCAUACGGGCAGACGGACCGGCAUGUGGAAGGUUGCUACAUAAAUUGUUGGACAUGACCUCGAUCCUCACUUGUGUGGUACAGCCGCCUAACCAAGUUAGGGCUCAUGCGGAAAAGUUAGUCAAUGGAAUACAAAUAGGAAUAAAUUAUAGGUUAUGUUCAAUGGAAAGGAUAGAAACUUUCACUGGUGAAGAAAUACAAUUAGUAAGACUCAAGAAUCCGUCAGAAAAUUCCUCAGAAUACAUUGGACCUUGGUGUUUAGAUUCGCCGGAAUGGUCGGAAGUGCCACCUUUAGAAAUGGAGAGGAUACAAAAGAAAUUGCAAGAAGGAGAAAUUUGGAUGCCAUUUGCGGAGUUCGUGAAAACUUUCACACACUUAGAGGUAGUCCAUCUAGAUAGUGAUACUAGUCGAGACGAGCCGAGUCUCCGGAAUAAGAACACCUGGCAGAUGCGGCUGUACCAAGGUAACUGGCAGAAAGGCGUAUCUGCUGGAGGAUGUCGGAACAAUCCAGAAACAUUCCAUAUCAACCCGCAACUGCACUUGCUGCUCAGUGAGAUGGAAGAAGUCGUAGUGUCGUUGAACCAACAUAGCAUUAUGGAACCAAAGGUUAUUGGAUUCACAGCUUACUCUUUGCCCAAAGGAAGCGGGGAGAGCAUAGGAAAGUCGUUCUUCAAAAAGAAUAAGUCUCUGUUCAAUUCGCAAUACACAAAUAGCCGGCAAGUUAGUUACAGAUGCCAGUUGGAGCAAGGCGGCUACCUGAUAAUGCCAACGACCUUCGAGCCUGGACAAGAAUCGGGCUUCACCCUCCGUGUGUAUUCCAGUAAACCGCUGAAACUGAAGCUGCUGGACACCAUCCCGCUUCUUCUGAAAUCGGCCAUAGUGAAAGCACCUCCAUUACUCGACGGGAAGAGUUUUAGUCAGUACGAAGCUGUGUUCUUGCAGCUGGCCGACGAACAUAGGGCUGUGAACGCGUUUGAGUUGCAAGAGUUAUUGGAUGCUUGUCUACCCAACGACUACAUCAAGAGCUGUGCAUCGAUUGAAGUUUGUCGGCAGAUCGUGCUUACCUUUGAGGUAAGUUAGGAGUUUUUGACUUGUACUUUAUAAAUAGGUUAUUUGGGAGGUCCACUUUUUAGCCGAUAGAUGCCUUUAUGCCCUAUGGCAGUGGUCGCCAACAAUUUUAGUGUGUUGGGCUACUCUGAUAAUUUUGGAAUAAACAGUGAGCUACCUAGUCGUAAGCAAUGUAAGCCAACUUAAAUGAAAUUAUACACAGCUGUAUGCGACAUACAUGUGUUAAUUUUAC